AUGUCUGACUGGCGGUCGCGCUCGAUGCAGCGUCUGUCCAGCUUUUCAAGACCGGUGCCCUCAUCAGAGGAGAUACAGGGCGAAGCAUCACCGGCAGCUGCACUCGAAGAUCCAGAGGACAUCCUGGCGCUGCCUCUACCGAUAGAAAUUUCCAACUCUAUUCAAAGCUUUCUCGUCAAUUUGACGAGUCCGAUACACAAGGCGCCUUUCAAUCCAGAGAAGCUGACGGCUAUGUUUCAAGAUUUCUACAGUGGCACCUUUGAUUUGAUGCUGGACUUGUUGCCUGAGCCGGGGAAGUUGAAGGGGACCCAGGAGGAGAUGUUGACGAAGGAAGCAAUGCAAGCGCGUAAAGUAAGACGGGCAGCCUUUGAGGAGAAGCAUGCUGCCUGGCGGGAGGAUGUUGAGGAACGUGUCUGCCUCGAGAUGUAUGAGAGUCUCUUUGAGCUACGCACCUCUACAGACGAGCUCAGGGACGAAGCACUCAUGUCCAAGAUUAUUGCCAUCAGUUUGAUUGGCGUCACUCUUGAACAGCUCGGCGUGCCAUUGUCGCGAGAGGAGGUUGAUGCGAUGCGGCCAACCAUUACGCUGGUGGGCGAGAACCUACAGAAUCUCAACAAUGCCAUGACGCCUCGUUCGAAGCUUGAUAUUCUGCUGCAAUGUCACAAGCAGAUUGUCGAUGAAGUUCAACAAAGCAAUUCAGCUGGAGAGGAUGUGCACACAAGUGAUGUUGCAUCACAAAUCGCAGAGGCGACGAGCGCUGCGACCACCAACAAGAAGGAGUCGAGCGACACAAAACAUCUCGGUGCAGAUGCGAUAUUACCUAUCUUCAUCUACGCCAUCAUCAAGUCGAAUCCCGCAAAGCUCGUCUCUCACUAUGAAUUCAUCUGCCGCUUCAGGGCGCAAGACUCGCUGACGGGAGAGAUGGCUUAUUGUCUGACGAAUCUUGAAGCUGCUAUUGGCUUUCUCGAGACGUUUGAGUUUACAGACGGCCAAGAUGCAGGUGAUCCACUGACGAGCAGUCUUGGUCCUACAUCAAGCUAUCAGAACCGCUCAGGCUCUCAAGCUUCGCUUUUGACAGUUGGGAGCGGAGCAAGAGCUUCUGCUGGAGCCCUUUCUGGCAGUCUUCGUGCAAGUGAGCGUGCACGCGCCUUGUCGUCUGCAGCGAAUGAUGUGUAUGAGCUCGCAGAUGAACGCAUGAAGCAAUUCGGUUCUCAGCUUGGGGCGAUUGUCUCUAGAGUGAGUGAACACCAGAGCUUGGAUGAAGUGCGGCAUCUUGUUGGAUUGCCAGGCGCAGGCAACGCCAAUCCUCGUCCAGCAGCAGACCGACAAAAGUUUGUUGAGAUUGAGCAGCGCGUCAAGGCGCGUAAAGCACGAGAAGGGACGAGUACACCGCCACGAUCGAGCCGACCUGUGUCGAUGAUGGAGACGUCGAGUUUGCCAGCAUCGUCAUCGCCACUCAAGCAAGCACCUGCAUCACCAGGAAAGUCUACUUCAUCCACCACGCUUGCGUUGCAGACGUCGCCUGCAGCGGGUACUCUCAGCAGAUCGAGUGUUUCUGCGACACGGCCGCUUUCAGGAUCAGCCAAGGCCGCAGGUGCCGCAUCGGCAAGCCGCUUCUCUGGCUUUGGCAUGAUUCGCAAUUUCAGCAACACGUUGGUUGGUCGUGCUCCGGCGCCGACUGCGGAGAUGGUACGGCCAAGGGAGAUGACGAGCAACGCGACCAUUAUUGAGCGGCGCUUUCUUGAAAUGGAGACUGAUGACCUGACGAUGAAGGAUGUUGCUGUGCUGCUAGCUUCCUACAAGCAGCUUGUCGCUAGUAUGGAGACCACCGUUGCAGAACCUGAAGCGUCAUUAGAGAAGACUGCGGCCGAGGCAUUCCCAGAGACAUGA